AAGAAGGGUCGUGUGCGAAACAGAGCAGGAUCGAAAGCCAGAGACUACCGAACGAAAGAAAAGUCUCCAGGCCGCCAGCUUCCUUUCCUUGUCUCCUCGCCUCGAGAGUUUUGCGACGUUCAACUGACUGGUGCUCAUACAUCAUUCUUCGGCUUUGCGCAAAUUUAUACCUACACCAUGGCUGGCCCUUCGACCCCGAGAAGUCGGGAGGACCAAAAGAAGCGUAAGAGAGAGCAGAAUGAGAGGGACGGACAGGCGAAGCGCCUUCGGCAAAAGACUAAAGCGGGCACGGCAAAUGGCCAAAAGAACGGAAACACCGACGCCGACGACCUUCGCGACGGCGCCUUGAACGUGCUUUCGCAGCUCCAGAAGAACCUUACCGACGACCAAAUCGAGACCGAACUGGUCAAGCUCGGAAACACGGAGGCCCAGGAGGCGGGAUGGCAAGUUUCUCUGCCAAUGGGCGGCCGAAUGGCUGACAUUGAUCCCAUCUUUGCCGAGAAUGAGAAGUACCUCAUUGUCACUUACAACACAUCCUUGCAAAUCUACUCGGUGGCCGAGUCACUACUGAUCCGAAGAAUCGCCCUCCCCGUGGUCCAGAACACAUAUGCGGAGAAGUCAUCUGCCCCCACGAUCGUGGCCACACGCCAAUCGCAACUCAAGCCCGACUUCCUCUGGGUGGCCUGCUCUGAUGGCAGGGUCUGGCGGGUGAACUGGAAGAAGGGAACCGGGGUCUACGACGAGUUCCGGACCCAGUCGCAAACGGCCCUGGACUUGUCCGUCGCAACAAUCAAGGGAGACAAGAAGAUGACGGAGGUUCUGUACGUCUCGGAGGGGAAGAAGCACGCAAAGGGCGAAGUUGUCGCAUACAGCGGCCCCGAUUUCAAGCAGCCCCUCGCCGGGGUCCUCUUUGCUACAAAGCAGGUCGACCAGGCGAUGCACUUGCUGCGCUCUAGCCCCGAUGGCAAGGUCAUUGUCGGAGCUACCAAGGAUGGUCUCGUUGUCGGAACUGGGACGCCGGAGUCUGAGUGGGAGUUCUUCGCCUUCGAUACAACCGAUAUUAUCUGCGCCCUCGAUAUCCGAGUUACCCACAGCAAGGACAACUCUCUCGUCCUCGACCUGAUUGCGGGUGGUGCCCGAGGUGCCAUCUACUUCUACGACGACAUCUUCAGAAAACUGCAGAACCUCAAUGGGUCAAAGUCGAAGAGGGAGGCUCUUCAGAGCCGCAAAUUCCACUGGCACAGGAGGGCUGUCCACAGCGUGAAGUGGUCAAAGGAUGGUCAGUACAUGAUUUCCGGUGGUUCGGAGAACGUCCUUGUGCUCUGGCAGAUGGAUACCGGCAGGAAAGAUUUCCUUCCUCACCUGUCGGGAAGUAUCGAGAACAUCGUUGUAUCUCCCACUGGAGCUUCCUACGCAGUGCACUUGGAUGACAACUCUGCUAUGGUCUUGUCCACGUCUGAGAUGAAGCCAUCGACGUACAUCUCUGGUAUUCAGUCAGCCGCUCGGUUUACCUCUACGCCAAAGGACUUGCUCGUCAAGCGUCUAUGGUCUGUUUCCGACGAGGUACGGCAUCCGGUUCCUGCGGCACUCAACCCUGCGGAGCCAUCAAGACUGUACGUCUGCACAGGAACCGGCCAGCAGUCUAUGUUGGCUGGCGAGAUCCAGUCAGCACCCUUGUUGCAAUCAUUCGACAUGGAGUCGUUCCGGAGUGUCUCCAAGCAAGCUCUGGCAAGAACGCAGCCGACAGAUGUUAAUAUUACGUCCAAGGGCAACCCCAUUUCAGAGCCCCGUAUAACCCAUGUCGCAUUCUCGCAAGACGGCAGGUGGUUGGCGACCGUUGAUGACUGGCAACCCCCUAAGCGUGAUCUUGAGAAGGUGGCACCAGAAGCGCGCGAGCAGUUUGUGAGAGAAAGGCGCGAGAUUUACCUCAAGUUCUGGUCUGCAACUGCUGGCGAAGAGCACUUUGCCCUGUCUUCCAGAAUCAACAGCCCGCACGUCACAAGUCGGCCAGAGACGGUUCUGGCGCUUGCGGCAGAUCACACAACAAACAGAUUUGCCACCCUUGGAGAUGAUGGCAUGGCGCGGAUAUGGCAGUCAAAAACAAGGCAGCAAGACGGCAUCGCGUCCAAGGAUAACGCUGGCGAGGCUCUGCACUCGUGGUCAUGCUCUGUGACUGUUGGUCUCGGAGGUAACGUGGGAGCUGAUGCGCUUACCACUACUGGAGAGUCGACUGGCGAGCGUAGCGGAAGCCUGUGCUUUUCCGAAGACGGCUCGACACUAUUCGUUGCCUUUGGCCACUCAGACGACGGCGGCAUCUAUGUGAUCGAUACCAAGACUGGUGAGAUUAGGUCAACACAGGAAAACCUGUGGAAGGGCCACAUCCGCCGCCUCCAGGUUCUCUCUCCAUACAUCAUCACCCUCUCGGAUGACCUGAGAGUGUUUGAUGUGGUCGCCGACGAGCUGCAGUACGGCAUUCAGCUGCCGAGUGGCCGCAACGCCACGGCAGUCAAGGAGUUUAGCCACUUGGCUAUUGACCGCAAAUCACGGACGUUUGCCGUCGUCGUGCCCGGCGGUCAAGCGUCGCAGCUUGCAGUUUUCAAGCCAGAAGAGCCCGCGCUGUUGUGCGUGAGGCGCAUUCCCCACCGCAUCACCAGUCUCGUCUCGACCGGAAGCUCAUCAGGCUUCGUCGCGGUCGACGAUGCCGCGCAACUGUGGACAGUCGCCGAGGCCUCGGAUCCCGCCGCUGUUGCCCUCUCCAGGCCAUUGGAGGACAUGCAGUUGGACGGUGAGCCGGUCGCCGACGACGCGAUUCUGGACGACGCCAUCGAGGAUGAGGAGAUGGCCAGCGACAAUGAGGAGGAGAUAGAGGCUGUGAACGGAGAAGAGAUGGAUUUGGAUGAUGACGACGCCCAGCCGGCCGUCAUCAACAGGCAAAAGCUUGCCGAGCUGUUUGAUGCGGCGCCGGCUUUUGCCAUGCCCUCGGUUGAGGACAUGUUCUACAAGGUUACGGGUUUACUGGCGACGAAGCCUCUGGGGUCUUGAAACGGCUAAACAAAAGUUGUCAAAAUAUGUGCAUUAUACCCGAUAAUAGAAGAAUGUAGUAAAAGCAUUUGGAUCUUCAAAA